AUGGAGAAGCACGAGAUUGAGCCCCGCGUGGUUGAGGCGUCAACGCCAGACUUUGAUCCCGCUUUGGAGAAGAAGCUGCUGCGAAAGCUAGACUGGCGAGUCAUCCCAGCACUAUGGUUUCUCUUUUUGGUGUCGUUUAUGGAUCGUUCAAACAUUGCAAAUGCAAAGAUCGCCGGCAUGGCGAAGGAGCUGCACUUGGUGGGAAAUGACUACAAUCUCGCCGUAACCAUGUUCACGGUCGCAUAUGUCAUCUUCGGAAUGCCGGCCAAUCUGCUGGUCAAGAAAUUUGGCCCAAGGAUGCUGGUCCUAUACAUGUUUACUUGGGGGCUGUUUGUGAUGGGACAAGGUCUCACCAAGACUGCGACGGGUCUCAUCGCUUGUCGAUUCUUUAUGGGAAUGUGUGAGGCAGGCUUUGUUCCUGGUUGCGCAUACCUGAUCGGGAGCUACUACAAGCGGGACGAGUUUCUGCGUCGAUACGCAAUCUUCUUCAGUGCCAACAUGGCGGCAGGAGCAUUUAACGGGCUUUUCUCCAGUCUCUUGACGCACUUGGAGCUGGAUGGAUAUGCAGGGUGGAGAUGGCUGUUUUUGAUCGAAUCCAUCAUCACUAUGGGCGUCAGCAUCAUUUGCUACUGGAUUGUUGUUCCCUUCCCCGAGGACGCGACAUUCUUGACCCCUGAGGAGAAGACAUUGCUGCUUGCCCGUCUAGAGGCCGAUGGAAGAAGCAUUCGUGAUGAUCCUAUUUCUCUUCCUCGGGUCCUCAAGAUGGCUAUGGACUGGAAGAUCUGGAUCUGCGUUUUGGCCUAUCUCGCCGCCGAAGAAAGCGCCAGCUCUUUGGUGUACUUCCAGCCCACGAUUCUCAAAGACCUCGGUUGGACCAGUCGCUCAGCGCAGGAACACAGCAUCCCCGUCUACGCCGUCGCCUUUGUGCUUACCCUGUCAAGCGCGUGGCUGAGUGACUCUCUCCGCCACCGCUAUCUUUUCACUCUGUUCGGCUCGGCGCUCGUCAUAAUCGGCUGGAGUAUCGAGCUUGCGCAGGUUCCCUCUGCCGGAGUCCGUUACAUGGGCAUGUUCUUCGUGGCGUCGGGCGCGUUCAUCAUGAUGUCCAUUACUGUGGUAUGGUUGUGCAUCAACCUCGGCAAGGGCGUCAAGCGCAGCGUCGGAAUGGGCUUGCUGCCCGCGUUCGGCAACUGCGGUGCCUUUGUAUCCGGCAACGUCUUCAUCACCAGCGAAGCGCCCAAGUAUCCUACUGGUUUUGGGGUUGGUCUGGCGUUUGCGGUGGUGGCAGGACUCGCCUGCACCGUGUAUUUCUUCGCUCUCCGCGCCGAAAACCGCCGCCGGGAACGCCAGCCGGAGAAGGACUGGCAGUCGGAGAGCAUGCAGGAUCUGGGUGAUGCUCACCCGGGCUUUCGUUUCCAGUUGUGA